AUGGUUGAAGAAACUGAAAAAUCAUCGACCAAUCCCAGCAAAGGGGAAGCAGAAAAAUCUUCAUCAUCAACGUUGACAGUUAUGAAUGUUAACAACGGAGGAGGAGACGAAUCAGAGGCGGAAGAGGGGGAGAUCGUCGGUGGCGGGUCAGACAAUGAUGCGGCGGCUAAGGACAUAGCAGUGCCGCCGGUGGUAAAGCACCCAUUGGAGCACUCGUGGACGUUCUGGUUCGACAAUCCGUCGGCCAAACAUAAACAGGCGGCGUGGGGCAGUUCAAUGCGCCCGGUUUAUACCUUCUCCACAGUUGAAGACUUCUGGAGCGUAUACAAUAACAUUAACCAUCCAAGCAAGUUGGCAGUUGGAGCGGACUUCCACUGUUUCAAGGAUAAAAUUGAGCCAAAAUGGGAAGAUCCUGUUUGUGCCAAUGGGGGAAAGUGGACUAUGGCUUUUGAUAGGGGUGAAUCUGAUACAUGUUGGCUCUACACGCUGCUGGCAAUGAUUGGAGAACAAUUUGAUUAUGGAGAUGAAAUCUGUGGAGCAGUUGUCAAUGUCAGAGGGAAGCAGGAAAAAAUUGCUUUAUGGACCAAGAAUGCUGCCAAUGAAGCUGCUCAGCUGAGCAUUGGAAGACAAUGGAAGGAGUUUCUAGAUUAUAAAGUCACAAUUGGGUUCAUAUUUCAUGACGAUGCAAAGAAGCUCGACAGAAAUGCCAAACAUCGCUACUCAGUGUAG